AUGUCGGACAAGGAAGGCAAAGGCGCCGUGAAGGAUUCAAGGUCGCAGCUCACACUAGGGAUGGACCUCUUCGAGGACACCCUGGGGCGGCUGCGGGAGGCCUUCCGCUCGGGGCGGACGCGGCCAGCGGAGUUCCGAGCUGCCCAGCUCCGGGGCCUGGCCCGCUUCCUACAGGACAACAAGAAGCUUCUGCAGGAGGCGCUGGUGCAGGACCUACGCAAGUCAGCUUUCCAGUCGGACUUUUCCGAGAUCAUCCUGUGUCAGAACGAGGUUGAACUGGCCCUCAAGAACCUGCACUCCUGGAUGAAGGACGAGCCAGUGGCUAAGAACCUGAUAACGCAGCUGGACUCCGCCUUCAUCCGGAAGGAGCCCUUCGGCCUGGUGCUCAUCAUCGCCCCCUGGAACUACCCCGUGAACCUGACCCUGGUGCCUCUGGUGGGCGCCCUGGCCGCAGGAAACUGCGUGAUGCUGAAGCCUUCGGAAAUAAGCUCGGGCACUGAGAAGGUCCUGGCUGAGGUGCUGCCCCGGUACCUGGACCAGAGCUGCUUUGCCGUGGUGCUGGGUGGGCCCGAGAAGAUGGGGAAGGUUCUGGAACACAAGUUUGACUACAUCUUCUUCACUGGGAGCCCUCGAGUCGGCAAGAUUGUCAUGGCCGCAGCCACCAAGCACCUGACGCCCGUCACACUGGAGCUGGGGGGCAAGAACCCCUGCUACGUGGACGACAACUGCGACCCCCAGACCGUGGCCAACCGCGUGGCCAUGUUCCGCUACUUCAACGCUGGCCAGACCUGCGUGGCCCCCGACUAUGUCCUCUGCAGUCCCGAAAUGCAGGCGCGGCUGGUGCCCGCCCUGCAGAGCGCCAUCACCCGUUUCUAUGGUGAAGACCCCAGGAGCUCCCCAGACCUGGGCCGCGUCAUCAAUGAGAAGCAUUUCCAGCGGCUGCAGGGCCUGCUGCGCUGUGGCCGCGUGGCCAUCGGGGGCCAGAGUGAGGAGAGUGAGCGCUACAUCGCCCCCACGGUGCUGGUGGACGUGCAGGAGACGGAGCCGGUGAUGCAGGAGGAGAUCUUCGGGCCCAUCCUGCCCAUCGUGAACGUGAGGAGCCUGGACGAGGCCAUAGACUUCAUCAACCGCCGGGAGAAGCCCCUGGCCCUGUACGCCUUCUCCAAGAGCAGCCAGGUGGUGAACCAGGUGCUGGACAGGACCAGCAGCGGCGGCUUCGGAGGCAACCAGGGCUUCCUGUACCUGACUCUGUCGUCCAUGCCGCUGGGAGGAGUCGGCCACAGCGGGAUGGGAAGAUACCACGGCAAGUUCUCCUUCGACACCUUCUCCCACCACCGCGCCUGCCUGCUCUCCUGCCCGGGCCUGGAGAAGCUCCAGGAAGUCCACUACCCGCCCUAUGUUGACUGGAAGAAGCGGCUGAUAGGCUGGGCCGUGGGCCACCACAGCUGCACCCUCCUGUGA